CUUCAGUCCGCAUUCGGUCGCGGUGGGCGCUACCACCAUGGAGUUCCCCGUGAAACUCGACGACAAAAACUAUGACAUAAAAAAGUUCUUACGCGACCAUCCUGGAGGUACGAACACACUAAGAAAUUACAAAGGGAAAAAUAUCUUACAGGCCAUGGAAAAAUUUGGACACAGUGUUAAUGCUUACCAUAUGUUGAAUGAUUUUAAAGUGGAGAGUGAGAAAGAUGGUAACUUGUGUGGUGUUAGUGAGAAUGGUAGGAUUAUUACUAAAGAAGAGGAUAGCAGGGAUAAAGAGGAGAUUGCGUAUUUAGAGGAACUGGAGGCUCGACUGGACUGGUCGAAGCCCCUCCUAUCCCAGUUGGACGCCAUCGCCCCAGACUACGAGAAAUGGGUGAACAGUGCUGUAUAUCGGCAUUGCCGGCUUUUCAGCAGCCCUCUGCUGGAGGCGCUGACUUUCACGCCCUGGUACCUGGUGCCGGCGUGCUGGCUGCCCGCCAUACUGUGGCUGGCCACACGCCAGUACAGGGAGCACGUGGCUCAUGAUAUCAACGAUGCGUUAUCAAUCUUUCAGUUCUUCUGGCACCUCGCGCUAGGCCUAUUCCUAUGGUCCAUCAUAGAAUACUCGCUACACAGAUGGGUGUUCCACUUAGAUCCAGGGAAGAACCUCACCAUGAUCAAGAUACAUUUCCUGAUACAUGGGCUACAUCAUAAGAUGCCAUUUGACGGUCUUCGUCAAGUGUUCCCGCCGGUGCCUGCUCUUGUGCUGGCUUGUAUCAUUUACCAGCCGCUGUCGUGUUUCCUGAGUUACCCACUCAUCAAGCUGACUGGUGGACUCAUAGGUUAUUUAACGUACGACAUGAUCCACUACUACGUGCACCACGGCUCGCCCGCCGACGGAACUUACCUCUACGCUAUGAAACGCUACCAUUCCAAUCACCACUUCGUCAACCAUGACAGAGCAUUUGGCAUCAGCAGCGAGAUCUGGGACCACGUGUUCAAAACCUUCGUGAAGCUCCGGACGCUCGGUUUUAGUUUACGAUGGGACUGAUCGGUUUGGAACCUAGAAAGUGAUAGGUAUUCAGAAUUAGAUAGAGUAUUUAAACUC